AUGUCAAACAAUGUUCGUCAGCAAACUUUUGUCGAAAAUUUCCAGGAUUGGUCGGUGUAUACGUCGGUUAAACGUAAGAUGAUUAUGGCGUGAAAUUGAGGUUUCCAUAAUUUUUAGCGUUAAGAAAUGUGGCGACAUUCAACCAGCCGCAUUGCCGGCUGUUCUGGAUUGCUUUGGUGUUGGCUGGAAUUGGCGCUUGCGCCUAUCAAACGGUGACCAUUGUUCAACAAUAUUUACAGGUAAAUCGUCGAAAAGGUCCUUUGUCAAAUCUUGGUGAUUGUCGUUUUCAGCGAGAUGACGUAUUAUUUUUAUGAAUUUUUUUUGUUGAGAAAUUCGUGUAAUCUUUGUGCAACUACUUAAAAAGUUGCAAAAAAGGCUGUAGAGAGGUGUUAUGCUGCUUUUUUAAGUUGUAUUCCUACUUUGUGACACAUAAGUGUUGACGGACUGUAUCGGUGUUUAAUGUAUUCCUAGUACGGUGUAUUAUUUUAUAACAGAGCCCGUCUAAGACCUACAAUUUCAGAAGCGAACACAACACUUUUAAUCUAACCUUAUGUACUAAUAGUUAGGCUAUAAUUCUGUAGCAAAAAAUUGUUGUCCACUUGCAAUAAAACGUACAGGACCGUAGAUAAUUAUACUAUCUUUUAACAUGACUCUAAGAAAAACCUUACAACACAUUUUUUCAGUACGUAAGAAACACCAACGCCAACUUCCAAGACACCAUUGGAAGCACAUUUCCAGCCAUUACAAUCUGCAAUUUAAAUCCGGUUCGGUUGAAUGCGGUUGACUCUGUUUCGGAGCUUCAAAAGCUGGUAAGAUCUUCAACAAAGGCUCUAAUUUCCAGUACUUAUCUAUUUUGUAAAUGCAAUCUUCAAGAACUAUUAUUUAGCAAGCAGUCUACAACUACCUGACCUCCGACAGUUAUCAAGAAGGAAAAAGCGAUAAUAGCACAGAUACAGGGUCUGCUACAACGGCGGCUGCGGCAAAGAAAAAACGAGAAGUUGUUUACGAGGCCACCACCAAAACAACAAAAACUGAGAAGAAAAAGAAAAAGAAGAAUAAAGACAAAAAGGAGAAGAAAAAAGAAAAACGGGACGACGGAUACAGUACGGUCAUUAAACGGAGUGAUUUAUACGACUCCGAUGACGACCACACUUUGGUCAGCAGAAAGAAACGGUAAGUUAAUGAGACCGAGAGGGCCAGAAAGUGCUAUGUGACGUACUCGGUUUGUAUCGCUUGUACAUUGGUGAACCUUAACAAGCAAAAGUUUUGAACGUCUCAGAGCACAUCGGAUAUUAUGUACAGUCGAGUUUGCAUAAGUGUAAAAUACGAUUCUGCUACCUUUGUAAAUAUUAUUUUUCCAGAGCAGCCGAUCAAGACGUCUAUGUUGAAGGAACUCCUUGUGUUCUAACGCCAACAGUCACGACAACGGUCCCUCCGUUUGACUGCAAUAUUGAUGUGUAUUUAUCUACAACUCCGGAGCCAACCACGUCGCCUGAGCCCACCACUACUGAACUAACAACUACCGUGGAACCUACGACAGAGAUUUCAACGACCAUUGAAACGACAACCGAAGCUAAGACUACGACGGAAGAGACCACUACUACAACGACUGUAACUUCCACUAGCACUAGUACAAGUACAUCAACUUCAACGUCUACAAGUACGAGUACAUCAACGAGCACAUCCACUUCUACCAGAACAUCAACGUCGACAAGUACAAGCACAUCUACUUCCACACCAACAUCGACUUCAACACGUACAAGUUCAACGACUUCUACGUCUACUACAAGCACUCCAAAUAGCACCUCGACAAAGUCGAGUACGUCAACGUCAACUCCCACAAGCACUUCAACUUCUUCCUCCACCAGCACAACCACAACUCCAUCUUCCACUAAGAGUUCAAGCACAAGCUCGUCAACUAAGACCUCGACUACUCCUUCAACAACAAGCACUUCGACUUCAACUUCAACGACGAGCAGCAGCACAACCAAGACUUCAACUACUAGCUCUUCAACCCCAAAAAGUUCAACCAGUACAAGCACGACUUCAACUCCAAGCACCACAAAGAGCAGUACGACGUCUACUACUACCAGCACAACGUCUACUUCCACGACGACAAAGUCUAGCUCGACAAGUACAAGCACGCCAAAGACGAGCACUACUACUAGCACUACGAAGACAAGCACAACUCCGAGUACCACUAAGGUAAGUCAAUUUUAUUGACGGCUUGAGAGCAUUCUAAUGGGUCGCUAAGUUGAUCGAGAAGAAUUUGGUAGGAUUUUACUAUAGUUUUUCCAUGGCCAUAGCGCUUCCAUUCUUUAUUUGCAUCUCCAAAAAGUCCUGAAAUUGCUAACUUUCUAACCUCCCACAAUGAUACAGCCAGGCGAUAAGUACACACUGAUAGCUUCUGAGCUGGAAAAGGUAUUACCGUCCUUUUGAAGCAAUUAAAAAAGACUUCUUCAACGGGAAUUUUAGACAAGAGUUAAAAUUAUAGGACGUUAGAAACUUCUAGGUCUCGGUAGUUGACUAAAUUAAGUUUUCUAGGCUAUACUCACAAAAUUGUUAAGUUCUCGUGAGGUCUGCAGUACUUACUCUUCGGGCCACACAUUUAUCUCCUCCCAAACUCUAAAAGUGUCUAAAAAUAGUGUUAAUUUUAGACUUCAACUUCAACCUCAACGUCAACUUCAACUUCCACAUCCACUUCAACUCCAAAGACGUCUCCGUCCACCAGUACCACCACUUCUUCUACCACAUCUUCUACUAGUUCGUCUUCAACAUCAACCAGCACAUCCACUACCACAACCACUACUACAACUACAACUACAACCACAUCGUCUGCCAAACAGUCACCUCCGACAUCUACCAGUUCAACCUCCACUACAACUGCAAAGGCGACUUCUCCAACGUCAACUUCGUCGACUAG